GUUGGUUCAAAGUAAGUAUGAGAGCAAUCUUGCAACACACAUGGUCUUCCAGUACUCCAGAUACAUGGAUCUUGAAUCUUGCGUUCUUCCCUGAAUUGCACGGUGGAUGUUUUGCUGCAUCUGAUAGUCGAGGUGGGUUGAAUGUCUACAGUUUGCAACAAUUACAAUCUCUGGCAAUAAUUGCAAUACCAAACGCCCACGAAUCUAGUAUUAAUGUCAUAAAGAAAGUGGGCAGUCAUAUGUUAGCGUCUGCUUCGACUGACGGUAUUAAGGUGUGGGAUUUACGCUCAGAUAGCAAAACCCCAGUCUAUACAUUUAAUAAUGCAAAGAAAUCCAACUUCAUAUCUCUUGAUUAUUCAGAGGAAGUUAACUUAUUGGCAGCAGGUACCGAAUUGGGUGGAGUUGAUGCAGAGUUACAUAUAUGGGAUUUGAACAAGCCUGAAGAAGUGGUGAGAUCGUUUAUUGAUUCACAUCAUGAUGAUAUAACUGAUAUCAAAUUUCAUCCUAGCAAUCCGAGAUACUUAAUGUCUGGAUCAACAGAUGGCUACGUUAAUAUUUACGAUUUGAAUGAGCCGGAUGAAGAAGAAGCCCUUCAUCAAGUCAUCAACUUUGCAUCGAUUCACUCGUGUCAUUUCCUUCGUGAAAAUAGAAUUGCUGCAUUAUCCCAUAUGGAAACAUUUUCAAUUUACGAAUUGAAUAGCACCAAUUACGAACAAGUUGAAGAGCCCGCACCACACGAAUUUGGAGAUGUUAGAUCUCAAUGGCCCGAUUGUGAAUAUGUAGUAGAUAUUAAUCCAGCAGGAUUUGUUUCGUAUGGAGCUAAUUCUCUGCAAAAACUUUCAUUAUACAGUUUUGAUGCUAUCAAGGAAGAAAUUGAGUUAGCAAAACCAGUAUGGUUUCCUGGGGCUCAUGGAGAAGAGGUUGUGAGGGAUGUUUUAGUUAUUCCCGGUACGAAGAAAGCAUUGACCUGCGGUGAAGAUGGUAGUGUUAGAGCAUGGGAAAUGCCAUUUGAUCCAUCGACCAGAACCAAUGUUCAAUCCAGCUCGAUGGAAAUUUCUGCUGAUGAAGAUGAAAAGAAACAGAAGAAGAAAGAAAAACAAGAGAAGAAAGAGAGAAGAGAACAAAGAGAUAAAGGAAAGAAAGAACGGAAAGAAAAGAAGGAUAAGAAGGAUAAGAAGGAUAAGAAGGAUAAGAAGGAUAAAAAGGAUAAGAAAGACAAGAAAAAGAAGGAUGUUAGAUUCAAGCCCUAUUAGUUUUACUGAUUUGAAC